GGAAUCCACUGCUCCGCUCUGAUCAGAAUGAACACACCCGCCCCAAAUGGCUGCCGCUCAAACCUGGACUCCAGGUACCACAGACUUUGUGACCUGGCCGAAAGCUGGGGCAUCGUGCUCGAGACGUUCGCAGCAGUGGGGGCAGUGACCUCGGUGGCCUUCAUGCUCGCCCUCCUGGUCCUUAUCUGCAAGGUGCAGGACUCCAACAGGCGCAAGAUGCUCCCGACCCAGUUUCUCUUCCUCCUGGGCGUGUUAGGGGUCUUCGGCCUCACUUUUGCCUUCAUCAUCAAACUGGACGGGGACACGGGGCCCACACGCUUCUUCCUCUUCGGCGUCCUCUUUGCCAUCUGUUUCUCCUGCCUCCUGGCCCAUGCUUUCCAGUUGGCCAAGCUCGUCCGCGGGAGGAGGCCCCUGUCCUGGCUGGUGAUUCUGGGCUUGGCUUUGGGCUUCAGCUUGGUGCAGGAUGUCAUCGCUGUUGAAUACAUUGUCCUCACCAUGAACAGAACCAAUGUCAAUAUCUUCUCUGAGCUUUCUGCUCCCCGUCGAAAUGAAGACUUUGUCAUGCUGCUCAUCUACGUCCUCUUCCUGAUGAUGCUGACCUUCCUUGUGUCCUUCUUCACCUUCUGUGGCCCCUUCGCUGGCUGGAAGAAACACGGGGCCCACAUCUGCCUCACCAUGAUCUUCUCCCUCGCUGUCUGGGUGGCAUGGAUCAUCCUGCUCUUGAUUUCCACCCUCGACCCCAAAUGGGAUGAUGCCAUCCUUGGCACAGCCUUGGUUGUCAAUGGCUGGGUUUUCCUGUUGUUUUAUGUCUUACCUGAGUUUCUGCUGCUCCCAAAGCAGCAAAACCCCAUGGAUUACCCAGUGGAAGAUGCUUUUUGUAAACCCCAACACAUGAAGCAGAGCUGUGGUGCAGAGAACAAAGCCUACUCUGAAGAGGAAAUCACUCCAGAACCGGGCUCCUCAAAAAGAUUUCUCCAUCCCACGGGCCCAGGCUCAGCCCAGCCCUUACAAUAACUAUGAAGGAAGGAAAGAAGGCAGAUAGCUGUGUUCUGAAGAGUGGCAGACCCAGUGGGGAGCCCAAAGGGCUGUGGGCUAAAUCUGGAAUCCUCUGGAACCGUACAGAACGUCCGUCACAGGAGGGCUCGCUGGCGCAGAUGGCAGCCAAUAAGACUCCAGUUCCUUGCGGCACUGUCCUGCUUUUCCUUUGUCCCAUACUUAGGAUACUUCUUUGGAGUGGAAUUCUCGGGCAACUCAGGGUCAGACUCUUCCUAUUCUCUCAGUGUGACUAGAGGUCUGGUCCCCUGGCCGCAGGCUGGCUUGUGCAGCUUCGAGAGAGCCGACUCACCCAAGCCAGGGUGGGUUUUGUGACGAUUGCUUGGCCCAGAGCAGAACUGCGUUUUUGAGCAAAAGCAGCCACCUUGGGUCUCAGCCCAUGCCAGUCUAAUCCUACACUGGAAGCCAGCUCCCUCCCCGCCUUCCUACCCAGGCCAGGCUAAAGGUCACCCUGAAGCUGCUCCUCCCGUAUGGCCUGCGCAGCUCCCUACAUCCAGCUCACAGGGCACCCCUCCUGUACAGGCUUGCUCUCAGCCCCCGACCUACUGCACCCACUGGCUUUGCCGGGCAUCCUACCUGACCUCACUGGCACAGACAAGCCGAGCUUCUGGUGAGGAGAGCCGUGCGCUAUUCUCAAGGUCGGUUCCUGGCUCAGGUCCUUGUCCCACCCCUUGGCCUUCAGCCUCUGUAAGUAGAUUUGCGCUGUGCUCACCUCCCAAAUUCUGUGCCUGGGGAUUGUCUGCACUUGAGGGAACGUUUGUUGUGUGGUAAGUUAUUCACCUGGAUUCACAAUAAAGAUGUGGCAGAUUCUUCCUU